AUGAGCCGAGCGCCAGGAGAGGAGGUGGACCCAACUGCCUGGACCCAUCUGUGCAAUCUGCCUCUGGCCGAUCCAACUUGGUAUAAGCCUGGACCGGUGGACCUGAUCCUUGGCUCGGACGUCCUUGGCCAUCUAUUCGGCAAAAUCUUUCGUCGUGGUACUCCGCGACAACCCGUCGUGCAGCAUUCCAAGCUCGGCUGGGUAAUAUACGGCCCGUCUAGCGUGGUACCGAACCUGUCUACGCCCACUGCAUCGCCGUCGCAUAGCAUUAGCAAUUGCCCAGACCAUGAGCUCGAGACUCUACUUCGCCAAUUCUGGACGCAGGAAGAAGUCGCACCCGCAUCCCAAUCCGCGCUCACAGAGGAUGAAGCUCAAUGCAAAGCGCAUUUUCGUAACACCCACCGGCGCUCUCCAUCAGGCCGAUACAUUGUCCGCCUACCGUUUAAAACUUCUGUCUCAUCUCUCGGUAGCUCUCGCUCACGCGCGGAGCGUGCUCUCCGCCGAAUGCACCAGCGCUUUGCGUCUAAUCAAGAACUCGCGCAACUCUACGCCGACUUUCUCUAG